GGACGAACACAGAAUCCGGAACCUUUCAUCCAGUGCAUCUCCUGUCCCUAGGCGGAAGAAAUAAAGAGAGACUCAGUGGAGAUGGGGUUCGAGUGGCCGUGGCAGUACAAUUUCCCCCCCUUCUACACGUGAGAAUCUCGGGUAGUCACAUUUUGGGUCUAGGGAAAUGUGAGAAGUAUUUUUUUUAAAGGUAGUUUACUGUUCAAAGUGCUUGUGUCACAAUUUCAGAGGUCCGGGCAGCAAGCAGGAAGUUGUCAGUAAAAACUUCAAAUAAUAGAAAAAACAAUACUGAUGCAUUGUUGUAGUGUUACCUGAUUUAAUACCAAUAUACCAUGAACACUUUAAAGCUUUUAUUUUUUUUUUUUUUGUAUUUCAUACACAUAAUGAAUCACACAAAAUCUUAUUGGGAAAUGCUUUCGGGUAAUUACUCCGUCAAAGUUACACCCAACACCAUGGGGUUUAUUCACUAAACAGAAUCACGAUGAAUGUAAUGUCGAAAUUUAAUAUUUAUGUCAGAAUAGUCAAGUAGUAAAAGUAUCAGAAUGUUUCUAAAUCAGCUGUUUGGUACUAAACUUUGCAAUUGGACUUGUAAUACAAUGUACUGUUUAGUGUGGUUCAUGCAACUUAUUUGCUUUGUAUUUUUAGAUUACAACCUAAUGUUGAUACAAGACAGAAACAGCUGUCAGCGUGGAGUUCCUUAGUCCUCUCAUACUGCAGGCACAAUAAACUGUACACAUUGAAUGUAAUGGAAAUCCAGGAAAGCCCACUAUUUAACAACAAGAAAAUACAAAGUAUCCUUUCUAAAUAGACGUGGAAAAUAUAGAAACAGAUGUGCUACAAAAUCUAUAGCAAAGAAAAUAAUUUUCAGCCAGUAUGAGUACAGCGACAUUUUAUCAAAUAUAGGUAUAUGCUGAAGUAAAUAAACCUAAUAUAAUUGAUAUAAUAUGUGACAUUAAGUAAAUAUAGAAAAAAAAAUGUGUGUGUUAGUUAGCCAACAUAAAGGCAUUUUAUAGAUUUUACUCCCUACAUGGAGUGUUUAAACGAGCACUACAGGUACCACAGCAACUACAGCAUGCUGUAGUGAUUAUGAUGCAAAGUUUGACAUCUUACCUGGGGUCCAUGGGCACCGCUCCCUGCCUCAAUGAGAGCCUGAGCAAAACCUGGUGUCACAGGGCUCAGCUAUUUGGCUGAGAUUGAUCAACUGAUGAUCUCAUUCAAAGAGCUGGCCUUGCACUGCAGGGUUUCGGUCAGGAGAGUUAAUAAAUUCUACUAACAGGAGCUUUUGGCUCUCAUGACUGAAGGAAAGGGACAGGGAGCAGUACCCAGUAGACAGUUUGACUAGUUACCAGGGAACUGUUAGACCAUAGCCACUAUAGCAUGCCAUAUUAGUUAUCUUGCUUGGAACAUUUGUGAAUAACUUACCAAUGUUCCACGUUUAUAUGCUCUUUACAAAACAAAGCCAUCAGUCUCUCAUUGCUGUCUUUUGUGUUGCUCAUUUUUAGAAUCUUAGUGAUUCUGUUACAUUCCGUGGUGUUUGCUUAUUUUGCAAAGACAUCAAGGCUUAAGUUGUGAUUGCCUAGGGGUGCUGCAGAUGUGAGUUACAUUAACCUGAUGCGGCCCCCAUCAGGUGAUGCCAUCUUCGAUCUUCAGCUCCUGGCACUUUAUCCACCAAGAGCCCACAUCAGUGCUGUACUCUUGCACAUGAGAGAAAGUACAACAGUGAUGUUUAUAGAGAAUUUGUAAGACCACUGGAGCCUCCAUAGAUAUCUAACAAUAAAUGAGACAAUGCUUUAUUACUACAACAGUCUCUAGCGGUUGGAAGUGGUGAAACUUGACAAUGGUGCCUUUUCAAGUUCAAGUUAGGCAUUUAUCGCAAGACAAAGUAGUCCCUACUUUGUCUUAUUUUUUUAAUGAAAUUCCACUUUAGUAUUUAUGAGCAUUUUAUUAGAAAAAUUAUCUUUCUAAUUCGCUCAAAAACUUUUUUGGGUGGGUUACACAGCUGCCUUAAAGGGUUACUCGAAACCUUUUUUAAUUUUUUAAAAUUCAGAAUGCUGCAUUGGUAAUUAGGUUCCCCUUAAAAAGCUGUACAAUAAGGAAUAAUUUACUUGUCCAGCACUUGGCAAAGCUUCUCUCACUGGUUUCUAUGCCUCUUCCGACUUCACAGGCAUCCCUUGUGGGGUCCAAUCAAAUACUUAUCAUAAAGGACAUAAAUAUUGAUUGGACUCGUGCACAUGCGCUUAGCUGGGGAGGGAGCAGUGGUGAUAGACAAGGGUAGAAUAUAUACCCUAACAUUUCAUGUACUGUUGAAAAGCCUUAACUAACAGGAAAAUUGUCUUUGGAAUCUGUUCAGGUGGUCUUAGAGGAACUCAGGAAAAAAGGUAAAAUAUAUUAACUUCUGGGGAAACGCUAUACAGAAUGUAAACAAACUGUGGUGUAGUAUUUAAUUGACACAUGGUAUGUAUUAUAGAUCUGAGAGUCAAAUUAAUAGAGACUUAGUUUCAGAGUCUAUUUAUAAUUUCAAUGAUAUGCAUUGUUUGUUUUCAUAAAAUAAAUAAUCUGGCACUCUGCCUAAAGAAUAUGAGAAAAACAGUGAUAAUUACCACAGUGCCGCACAGCGUUAUUUGUAGCAAAAAUAAGGGAUAAGAGCACUAGUUUCAAAACAAAUAUAUUAGAAUUUGGAAAAUGGUAAAAUUCGACAUUUGCUAUAUAAAGACCUGCGGGUCGAAACAUCAAUUGUCACCAUUUUCUAAAUGCUAAUAUACUUGUUUGGAAAAUCCAAAAAGUGCUCUCAUCCCUUAUUUUGGAGAGAUAGAGAAUAUAAUAUCUAUAUCUAUCUCUUCCUCCCUCCCUCCCUCCCUCUCUUCACGUUGGCUGAUCUAUGUUUGGGGAUUCUCUACUCUGGUGUGUUUUGUCUAUGUUGAGAGCAAUGUAGUACUUAUGUUGCUUGGAGUGUUCUUUUAAUGAUGAUGAUAAUAUAAAAAUGUUAGAGUGACAUUUUCAUAUUCCUAAUAAUGCUAUUGUAUGUAAUGCAUGGGCUUGUAUAGAUUAAUUAAUUACAUUAUUACAAACGAUAUUUUAUUCUUGUCGCUAUUCUUAGUUGCUGGCAAUAUUUGAGUAUUACAAAUUCCUCUACUGACAAAGGGGUGUGGUGUGAGUAGAGGAUAUGGAAUAAGAGCAUGGCAGCAGCGUUCCUAACAACAAUCUUAGUGGGGUAUUGCAGAGUAGAAGUAUUAAAUGCAAUAUCUCCACUGGCAGACUCAAUCAGCAUUCAAGAGAAGCGUAGCGUGGCAAUUCCCAUUCCAAUUAACCAAGAACUGGACAAUACACAGCUUUGGGAGUCAACUGGUUUUUAUUGAGCCACAGCUGGCUCUUAUACAAUUCCCCAUGCAAGGGGUUUCUUUAAUUACUGUAACGGAUCGCCUGGCACCCCAACUGGGUACCUCCGUUGAAGGAUGCUCCUAGUGCUUCCUGAGGACUCCAAGUACUCUGGCAGACACCACAAUCACCGAACCGGAGAAACAAAUAAAUUCUCCCAAGCAAAUGAAUGCUGUAGACAGUUGAAUAGGAACCAUACAAAUAGGUUUACUCUCCUAGCAGUCAAACUGGAACAGCAUACAAUAAAUCCUUCCCCCAAUAAUGAGACGACACUUCACUUUGAGGGUUAAGCAGGAACUCCUGUGCUGGGACACCCAGCCUGGUUUUUAUUACAGCCUUUCACAUACAGGACCGCCCACAGGGAGGUAUAAAACAACCAAUCACAUAUCAGUUACAUCCCACAUAUUCCCUCCCCUUAUCCUGAGAGGAAACUCAAUUACACAUACAGUUAAAACAUACUUUCUACCCAAGUUUCAUAACUUUAAAACCAUACAUCACAUUCACAUAAAAUUACAUAUUCACAAUCAAUCCAUUCAGGGUAACAACAUAUUAAAAAAAUGGCAUGAGUCCGACCAGGGGUUCAAAAGUUAGUAAAAGUAUCUUUUGGGCCCUGGCUGGCACAUGGAUAUCUGGCUCAAACAGGUUUUACAGAGCCCUCUAUUCUGGAGACAAUGGGGGAAAGUAAUCCAAUUAUCCAGGGAUAGAGGCAGACUCUAUUGAGCACAUGGUUGCAAAAAGACAUAAAACACUUUAAAAUACAUAAAGUCACCUUUUACACAUAACACACAGACAUUUCACAUAUCCCCAGAUAGCUGGGAUCUGAGCGCACAAAACUACCGAAUAGCGCUCAGAUCCUAUUCACACAGUUCAAUUGCCAUGGAGCCGAAGUCUUUAACUACACGAAUGGGCUCCAUGGCAUAGCUAUCUGGGUUAACACAUUCACAUAAAGUCUGGUCCAUAGUCCAAAGGCAAGAGGCGGGCAAGCAGCCCCCUCCAAGGACACGUGGCGAGGCCGGUUUCGCCACAAUUACAUUCCGGGGGUUUUCCCAUGGGGGACCUUGUUUGGGACAGGGAACAAAGACACAUUUCCCAAGAUCCUUUUCUGUACUUGGAAGAUAAUUGCGUAAGGACAAUUCUUUAAUUAGAUUAUCUCCCAAGUACAGAAAAUUAAACAAUAUUUUAAAGCAUAACUCCCAUAAUAUUAAUCAGAACUACAUGAAUGACACUUCACCGAAUAGCCAGGAUCUGAGCGCCCAAUCUGUCGAAAUACCGCUCAGAUCCGUUUGGUAGUACAGGAAUGCCAUUCAAGUGAAGUUUAGACUGGUCAACCACGAGGUGAAGCCCCAAAAUAGUUCCAUGAGGUUGUAUACUUUGACUGGUCUUCUUUCGGGAGUUUUCACUAUUAAAGUAACAAAUAAAAAUGUUCAUGAAUUGGGUAGUCAUGUCCUGAUGUUCGUUCAUUAAAUUAAGUCGAAUGCCGCUCUUUCUAGAUGAAGGGAAAUUAACGUACAAACAGGAUGGAAGUACAGCAGUGUUUUCGCGCAGUCGAGUGUCCGAUUAUAGUUCCACGCACUUGAUGACCAAACACUGCUGUGCGUUUGUGAACAACAUCCGACCAUUUAGAACCUUGCGGUUUUCUGGUGUUACAAUAGUCAAUUGGAGGCACAUAACUCCCUUGGAUGGUCUCCCCGUUCGGUGGUUGGUUCGACUGACGAACAAUAUGUCCAUAUUCUGUUCGGGAACCUCAAAUAGUCGAACAAACUCAGUCUCUCAUACAAAUAAGUGGCUAGUUUUGCCACAUGCAGGUUUGAGAAGACUGCUCAGGAGUGAGUUGCAAUGUUAUGUGCAUGAACAAGUGCCUCAGUACCACCUUGCAUCAGAUAAGAAUGAAUACAUGCAUGCAAAGCUUUUAAGAUGUACGUUACCUGAUAUAGAGAUUGGCUGGAUGUGGUGAGAAAGGUGAGGCCAGAAUUACUCCGAGGCAAUAAGCGUAGAAGUGUUUAUGGAGGAUGUGUGACUAGAGCUUUCAAAAAUAGCAAAAUUUGUAUCUUACCUGACAAGUUAAUUUUCUUACAGAUUUAAACAUUUUAAAAUGUUUUAUUUUCUGGGUGAUGAGAGCACAUGAGUUGUGUGGGAAAGGCAGAGUAAAACAUAAGGCACCUGGGAGGGGGGAGUAGUGACUGUGACUAAACAGGAACUGCCAAGAGCACCUUCCUGCCAAAUUAAGUGUCAUAUAUGCAAGGAUGACCAAGUGACUGCCUUGGAGAUUUGGCCCAUAGAAGCUUCAUUGUAAAAGGCACAAGAGUUAGCAACUGCCUGAGUGGAAUGAGCAUGAGCUUAAAAGGAACAUAUUGCAGUUGCUUGAUCACCAGGUUGAUGAUGGCUUGAUUACUUCCAAGGAAGUGUUGCAAGCCAUGCCAGAGGAUUGAUCUGUACCAGAGCCUGCACAAAGUUCUGGAUUUCCAGACAAGUAGCCAGCUUAUAGUGGAAGAGCACCAAAUGAGCCAAAAUCUGACACUUCAAUAUACUUAUGGCUAAUUCAUUAUCCAAUCCAUCUUGAAGCAUUUCAAUCUAAUUUGCAAGAAAGCUAAAAUGACUUCCAUGUACCCAUGGGAAGAGCAUCACUUCAAUGAUAAGGGUAACAGACUUGUGAGGCUGAACUACAGGCUCAAUGGCCCUAUCCGGAAAAACCUGGGAAUUGUCAUAUGUUCAUUUUCCAUACCACAUAGUUUUGCCAUUCAGAUUUUAAAUCUGCUACAAUUCAAAGUUUAGUGAAAGGGACCCUUUGAGAAGAAGGUCAGAAAGGAUAUGCCACCAGCCAAAAGGACUUGUAUGACAAGGCAUCAUUUCAAGACACAGGAAAGUAGCUGAUUCUGCAGGAAAGUAGCUGAUUCUGCAUGUUGCCUGUCAGAAUAUACGCAAACCCACUUGCAAAAUGCCAACCCUAUGUCAAUCUCUGAGACAUAUAGGACUUUGCAGGGUUUUUAGUCAGAGCUUUAGGAAAUCCACCUUCCUUCUGGUAGGCAGAAGCAGAACUGACAAUACUACAGAGGGAAAAGCAUGUUGAAGCAUUGUCUUGUGUUUCUAACUUUGCAUUUGGAACUAUAUUUUUAUCCCAUUUGUUAUGUGACUGGUAAGCUCUAUACAUUGGAAAAAACUAGAUGGUAGAGAACUGAGCAGUAAGACUGUAGUGGCAUGGUCUAUGUAUAAGAUCUAGUUUAUUAGUCUGACCAUUUAAGGGAAUGUUUGUUUUAAAUUGUUGGCUAUUUCUUUUGCAGGUAACUUGGAAUGGUUGGAUAAAACCAAAUCCAGAUUCCUGAUCAUGUGGAGGAGACCAGAUGAGUGGGGCAAAGUCAUUUACCAAUGGGUGAGAUUACGGUAUUCUUUAUGGACAUCAGGUUUUCUGAUAUUGCCUUUAAUGCGGGAAUGCAAAAGAUGACAUUUUGUUAGCCAAAUUGCUAGAUUUUUUUUUUCUAAUUUAGCCUUUGGUAUGUGACACAGUGGUUCCUCAAUCACCACGGAAUUGGAAUCCAAUGCGUGGGCCCCAUGUUAUUUCAGUGGACGAUUGGAUGAUUCACACCAUACCUAAGUGCUAUAAAAAUCCCACAACUAAGUGCAAUAAAAAUCCCACUGAUUUUAAUGAAGGCAUUUUACAAAUUUUACAAAGUAAAUGUUUUUACAUAAAAAGCUGCAUAAUGUGUUACGGAGACUUCUUUUAAAAUGUAAGAAUGGUUCAUUAAUGUAAUACCCGUUUAUAAUUUAGGCCCUUUCUACCAUAGGUCUAGUUAUACAAACUAAAAUUAUGAAAUCUGCACACUCUACAAGCCUGCCUCGUGAUAACAUUGUUUCAUCAUAAAAUUCCGAACUUGCAGCCAUCUGCUAACAGAAUUAUUCACUAAACUCUAAAAUUGUAGUAAAUUAAAAAUUAGGUUGGCAAAAUUCAGGCUAAAAUAGAUGAUUUGUAAAAAAAAAUUAAUAUUCUGCUAGAAAUACAGCUUGGCUAUUCCAAUCAGAUUUUUUUCACUGGGAAUUUAAAUCUACAAAUUGAAGUUUAGUGAAAUAAUCUGUGCACAUUAUGGAAUGCUGUUUGUGUUGUUCAGUGCAGGGAAGCUAUAUCCCUAUGUAUUUAUGACUGCUGUAUUUAAAUAAGAUUUAAAUAUUUUCAAGCAUAGGUUGUUUUUUUUCAUGCAUUUAUAUUUUGUUUUAUACAUCUGCUGGUGACUUCUUAGAUUAACGUAUGCCUAUUUGUAGGGGACUUUUUUUAUGUGACAAUAUUUCACGAUCUGAGACAUUGCAGUAUGCUUCCUUUUUUAGCUGUAGUGUAUUUAGCUGCUAAGAGUAUCAUUUUAACAGGUAUAGUAAACUGUAAAUGUUAUGUUAAAAUAUUUCUUCAGUGAUAAACUGAUUUUCUGUUCUCUCUCCUUUAGGUUUCAAAAAAUGGAAUGACAAAUUCUGUAUUCACACUCUAUGAGCUGAUAAGUGGUGAUGACACAGUGGGAGAAGGUAAAGCAGAACUUGUGUGGCAUAACCCAUUUAUAGAUAAAUUGUUAACUGCAUUUCCAAAAAAUACAAAAUAAUUUUUCUUCCAAGUAUUGUUGGAAUGUGCAAAAUCAGAGUUUAAUAUUUGUGCUACUUUUAAUUAUUAGUUUUCAUAACUUUUCUGGGCUAAAAUACCAGAUUCGGUUUCCGGUUGUAGGUUUGCCCUGAUUAGUUUUUUGAGAUCUUAAACAAAUUGCUUAAAGCGGCACUGUAAUGGCAGAAUCCAGGUUUUUUUUUUUGGUUUUUUUUAACUCCCCCCCACCCCCCACUCCACUACAUCUAAUUGUCCCCCUAACCACCCCCAAAUGUACAUAAGCCCCCAUAUUACUUAUUUAUUAAUUUUUAAUUUGUGCUCAGACCUAGGUCCUGUGCGCCGCCAUCUUUGUGUUGGUAGAAGUCCCUGUGGGACACGUCAUCUGCCAACACUAGAUAGCGCUGUGAAAUUCCUGCUCAUACCCAGUUAAACACUUGGGCAUUCGCCUCUGUAAUUUAGUCUAUUUAUUUGUCAGAAAGACGAAUGAAUAGAAAUUUCAGAUGAACAAACAAACACCGAAUAUUCAUUUGUUCGUUCGUCUAGUUUAUUACAAGGAGGCAGCUACCACCACACAGCUCCGACCUUGUAAAAUGAAAAAUAGAAGCGCCAAUUCCUAAGCCCCCCAUGUGUUCCCUCACUCUAUGGGGGCCAAUAUGACCCCCAUAUUAGCAUAUGGGAGAUUAAAAUGUCUAUUAAACAGUGAGCAGCCUGUGGCUGCUUACUGUUGUAAAAAAGAACCCCCCUUCCAAAAAGUAACCCCAUGGUGGGGCCUCUAUUAACUAGCUGGGAGGCAUAGUGUCCCCCUAACCCCCACACGUGCCCCGCGAGUGGUGACUAUGCAUAGUGGGGACUAUGCAUAGGGUCCCCCUUGGCCCCCACCCAUGAGCAGCUGGUGGGCGCCCUAAUUGAAAAGGAGGGGGGGGGGGGAGAGACCUAUUGUCCUCCCACCACCUCCUCGGACCCAAAAAAUUAUGAGAGCACAUGAGUUGUGUGGGAUCUUAUACAAAGGCAGAGCAAAACAUAAAGCACCUGGGGGAGGGGUGGGGGGUGUAGUGACUGAUUAAACAGGAACAACUGCAAAGAACACCUUCCUGCCAAAUUAAGUGUCAGCAGAAGCAAAAACAUCAAAGUAAUACAGUUGGAAUAUAUAUGAAAGGAUGACCAAGUGACUGACUUGGAGAUUUGGUCCAAAAAAAACUUUAUUGUAAAAUGCCCUAGAGGUAGCAACCACCUGAGUGGAAUGAGCAUAAAAGAAACAUAUUGCAUAGCUUGAUCACCAGGUUGCUGAUGGCUUGAUUACUUCCAAGGAAGUGUUGCAAGCCAUGCCAAAGGAUUGAUCUGUACCAGAGCCUGCACAAAGUUCUGGAUUUCCAGACAAGUAGCCAGCUUAUAGUGGAAGAGCACCAAAUGUGCCAAAAUCUUACACUUUAAUAUAUUUAUGGCCAAUCCCUUAUCCAAUCCACCUUGAAGCAUUUCAAUCUAAUUUGCAAGAAAGCUAAAAUGACUUCCAUGUACUGUUUAUCCUUGUCUGCAGUUAGCACGGUCCUUUUGGGUACAAAACAUGCACAUUCUUUAAAAGUAACUUAAUUCCAGGCACUUUAUUGUUGAGCUUCACCACAGAGACGACAGCAAAUGAAAAAAAAAAAAAAACAAUAAUGUAACACAAAUCUCUAUAAACAAAAAUCUAGCUCGUCUGAGCACUAACAUCAGAUUCCCUGUCUCUCAGGGGUUAAACUAUAACAAAACUGUAACAGAGCUCCAGUACUCCAACCGAGUACCUCCGCCAAGUCUGCUUCCUUGUAGCUAUCAGGAACCCUGAAACACUUCAGACCCAGACGCCGAGGCUUGACUGGGAUGACUUAGGGCCUUUUCCACCCUGAACCAAACACCAGACGACACAUGGUGAAGGUUAAACAGCAACUCUUUAAUGAAUCCAGCACACAUAGUUUAAGCCCCCAACAGCCUCAUUUACAUACAAUAGGUUACAUAGAUUACUAUAGUACCAGGAAGGGUGGGGUCAUACAAUAGCGAGGGCUGAUGGGAGAUUGAGGAGGGACAGAACAGCUAGUUUAAACUGGUCUGGCAGUGUCCCUGGGACAACACCCUGCUGGGGAAACAAUAGGACAGGAAAACGGGGAGAGGGGGAUAUGCACAGACCAGCAAUACAUUCAACAUACCCUGCACAAAUGAUAGGCACAAUGUGACAAAACACAAAAGGAAUUUGGGAGCCCACCCAUAGUGUCUGUCUUCCAUCCCCAGUGAUGGUGACUACCGUCACAUAUCUUCCCCCCCAAAGGUAGACUAACCAGGUACCAGACCUCCAAUCAGUCUGUGCCUGAGUUAGUCGGGUAAUAAGUCCCAAAAAGUCCAUCCAUCCUGGCAGCCUUCUCGCCAAAGUUCCACAUAGUUUGUAAGUUUGUCCCGAUUGGGAGCAUGGAGCCCUCAUCGCCGAUCAGUCUGUGGAAGUCUGGUUUGGGCAGGCCAGACUGGGCUUCUCGGUCACCCUGUGCCUCUAAUAAGCACAGGGUGACUUAGACAUAAGAGGGGACUUGGAAGUGGAGAAAGGGAGUUCCCAGUGAAUCUGCCACGGCCCCCUUCCCAAACUCAAACCUAUCCCCAUAUGACUCCACUCUUAGGGGGCCACUGUGACCCAAAUAGACCCCAAUAGCAAUUCUGGAACCCUGUAUCUCCAGCUCAGAAUAGUUUCCAGCAUAUUUCUCCCCCUUCAGAAGGAGACCAAUACAGGAGAGCCCAGACAAGUUGACUCUGAAGUUAGUGACUACAUCCUGAUCAUCAAGGCCAUCACUGAAACGGUACCCCAAACAAAUUGCCCAUGGAAGAGCAGCACUUACCCAGCCGACCUCUGCAUCUACUAAAGCAUAUACCUGGCGAUGCGUGCCCACUGUCCUGUCUCCCUGGAUCUCUCUCAGCCGCUGGAGGGAAGACAGGGUGGCUGGGCUCCCUCUGACAUGGGGUUGGGGAUCGAAGCUCAUUGUCCAGCCUUCCUAGGGACUACAGGUAGAGACCAGAGUCCCAUCCAUUUGUAUUGGAUAGAAAUUCCCCAGUGCUUGUGGCAAAGGGCUGAGGUUAGCCAUGCUUUGCUCUGGGAUCCGCUCUUCCGUGGGACCAGCAGUGUCUGAUGCCUGAGGCUCGCGGGUUACCAGUGGGUUUGGGUAGAGGCAAGUGGAGCUCUGCCCCGAUGCCAGCGCUUCAGCUGGGGGAGUUGCGCACUCCUUGAACUCCACCUUCACUAGAAGGUUGAUCUCCCUGCUCUUCAACUCCAGCGUCAUUGCAAGUUGGGCACAGAGGCCAGCAGCGCUCUGACUCAAUGUCAGCACUUCAGCUGGGGUGGUGGUGUACUCCUCAAGUUCCACCAUCACCGAAAGGCUGUCCUCCCUGCUCUUAACUUCCGGCGUUGCUGCAAGUUGAGGCCAGGGGCCAGUGGUCCUGAUGCCAGCUCUUCUGCUGGGGUUACACUUUGCCGCUGGGGAAAAAGACCAACUGCCUCCUCUCCCUGUAACGCAAACUUCAGCUGGGGAGGGAGAUCGACUACCUCUAUUCCCAGUAACUCAAUCUGCUGCUGAAGGGGGAGACCGACAACCUCUAUCUCUGCUGCAUGAGUUUCCAUGCCAGGAGUUGGUAGAUCUGGGAUGGCUGUCAAGUAUCCGCGUGAUUCAGGUGUGGAGAAUACGGUUCCUUCCACAUCUACCUGACCAACAUAUUCAGAUGUAAGGUCUAUUAAAUCCCCAGUCUCUGGUACCUGCUGCUGUGCAGAGUCAAACAAUUGCUUGUCAUCCAGUUCAAGCUCCCACUCCAUGGUGGCCAGGUGGGUCAAAUCAGGUUCCAGGUCAGUUGCUUCUGAGAGAUCCAGUAGGUGUUCCCUAUUUUCCCUAAUGUCAUAAAGCCGGGACCUCUCAGGACUUCCCAACUCAAUUUUAUCCUCAAAGGCCUCCCACAAUAGGCCAGGGCCAUCAUAGUCCUCACCCUCUGGAGGGUCAUCAUCUGCUAGAAAUGCGUACUGCUGGACUGCAUACCACCUUAAGGCCCUGUAGGAAUCAUCCAGCCACAAUUCUUUCUGUACCAGCUCCUCUAAUUUAAACACCCAUUCUGCCAGGGGCUGCUCUCCCAAGAAUUGCAUCCGCAAAUCAACUUGAUCCCAAAAUCGUUGCAUAAUGGUUGGGAGGGAUUCUCCCCUGAGACAACAAACCUCCUCAAGAACAUUGUUCCAGAGAUCCAAACGGAUAGAGUCCCGCCGGUCCAGUUCACCCUUUGUUAAGAAAGGGCCAUCGUACUGGGACAGAGCUGCUUGUAGCCUCCGAUGUAACUCCUCCUCAGAUGGGGAUGCUGCACGGGUGCUAGCUCUGUCCAUUUCCAUGAAUUCCAGAAAGCACAGUGGGAUCCCAGUAGAGGCGCCGGUGUCCAGGGACGUUUCUGCAGCUAUUAGGAAGCCAUCCCACCGCUGCCAACCAAUGUAACAGAGCUCCAGUACUCCCAACCGAGAACCUCCGCCAAGUCUGCUUCCUUGUAGCUAUCAGGGACCCUGAAACACUUCAGACCCAGACGCCGAGGCUUGACUGGGAUGACUUAGGGCCUUUUCCACCCUGAACCAAACACCAGACGACACAUGGUGAAGGUUAAACAGCAACUCUUUAAUGAAUCCAGCACACAUAGUUUAAGCCCCCAACAGCCUAAUUUACAUACAAUAGGUUACAUAGAUUACUAUAGUACCAGGAAGGGUGGGGUCAGACAAUAGCAAGGGCUGAUGGGAAAUUGAGGAGGGACAGAACAGCUAGUUUAAACUGGUCUGGCAGUGUCCCAGGGACAACACCCUGCUGGGGAAACAAUAGGACAGGAAAAAGGGGGGAUAUGCACAGACCAGCAAUACAUUCAACAUACCCUGCACAAAUAAUAGGCACAAUGUGACAAAACACAAAAGGAAUUUGUCUUCCAUCCCCAGUGAUGGUGACUACCAUCACAAAAACAAUAUUGGUUUCACCAACCUAGUGUCUUUGUCAGCUCUCUGCACUCCAGUGCUUAGUCAGCCUGCUCCUUCCAGCGAGAAACAAACAUUCUCCCUCUCUUUUUACCUGCCCAGCAGGGAGGGGUUUAUUCCCACUGCUGCAGAUGAUCACCUGCAGCUGAGCAGUGGGUUGGAGACAGUCCAAAAACCCUGGCCUGGAUCAAUGUCUCCCAAGAAAACCACUAAACUGCGGAGUGGAGCACUGGCCCACCCUGCUCUCCAAAUGCUCCACCCCAGGGGCCCAUAACUAAAUAUUCAUUCAGGUUAUAUACACACACUCCCCCUGUGGUUAAAAAUCAUAUGCCUCUCUGAACAAUUCAGUCAAAAUAUAAACUCCCUCACAGACCACCCCAUUCACCUUAUCAAAGUACCCAUGGGAAGAAUAUCACUUCAAUGUAUGUACCCGACUUUCUAACUUUUUCUAUAUAUAGUCCCAAAGGAAGUCAGGGUGUCAUGCAAUCCCUUAGCACGAGAGAAGGAAAAAUCACUUACAAUCAAAUUAAAUAUAAUUAAAAUUGUGGGAUGGCUGAAUUCACAACACAAGACACCAAAUGACUGUCAGUACCAAAAUGGUGAAGCUCUGUGAUACACUUACAUAGAUUGCACGUUACUCACAGUUUUAUUACUUUGGAGCUCUGUGAUACACUAAUGGGCUAUGCAUGUUACUGCAAGUUAUAUUGCUUUGGAACAACAGCAUAUUAGUGUGAGUGGUUUUGCUGGUGUGCUUUGUGAUAUCUGCAUAUACUCUUCACUUAUUGACGAAAGAGUUCUAGUCCCCAUAAAAAAAAUCGCAACAAGCAGGAUGUAUGAGGAAUACCCAGAGCCUGAAAGUAGUAAAACACAGUAUUGUGUUUCAUGUAUAAGUAACAAGGAACUUCAAAGCAAUAAACUUCCACAAUAACCCACAAUCAAUGCAUUAUUAGUUUCAGAAAUCUGCCCAAAAAUGUUACAGAAAAUAGUUUUAUUUAGUUUAAAUGCAUGAUGUUGGUCAUGUUGUUCAUAAAUUUGAUUGUAAUUAAAACUUACAGGACACUGUACUUUUCAUUGGAAGAUUUAGUGUGUUUCUAAUUUUUUUUUAUUUUUUUUUCACCCACACAGAGUUUCAUGGAUUGGAAGAGGCUAUGCUACUUCGGUCAUUGGAAGCCUUGCAGCUAGAACAUAAAGCAGAGAUGAUUACACUAAAUGACAGCAGAGGAGUCAAGUUUUUUUAAUGUAUGUUUUUUUUUUUCCAGAUGCCAACUACCAGAUAGAUCUCGAAACAAUUUUAUAGCAGUGCAGGAAUUCUGGUUUUCAAGCGUACCAGACGUUGCAAGUGUGCAUAUAUCUUGGGUUUUUGAGCCAGUGUCUCAGGAUACAGCUUACACUGGAUGAACUUGCUGGAAUAUGAAGUUCUAUUUUUUAUUCAUGCAUUUUGUGUGUGUGCGUGUAUGACAAGACUGUUCUAUUUCCUCUUUACACUCCUUUCAGAAUAAAUAUCUAAGCUGAUAUCAAAACAACAUAAAUGAGUUUGAGAGAAUAUUUGAGAGAAAUAGGCCUUUUGUGUACAUAGAAAAAGUCUUAGAUCUUUGAGUUCAGCUUGUGAAAAAUGGGGGCAAAAACAAGUGUUGAGUUUAUAAUUUUGUUUUUUGUUGUGUGUGUGUGUGUGUGUGUGUGUGUGUGUAUAUAUGUAUGUAUGUGUGUAUAUAUAUAUAUAUAUAUAUAUAUAUAUAUAUAUAUAUAUAUAUAUUUUUUUUUUUUUUUUAGUUUAAUUUUAUCAUCUCCCUCUACAUCUUAAAGGAACACUAUAGGGUCAAAUGUAUAUUUGUAUAUUCCUGACCUUAAAGCAUUAAAAACAAUAUUUAGGUGACCCCACCACCCCUGCCCACCUUAAAUAGAGUAAAAACUCACCUGAUCUCUUCACCCCCCCCCCUGUACUUUUUUUUUAAAUUUCCCUUCUCAAUACCCAUGGGGAAAGAGACUCCAUGCACAUGAGAUGGAGCCUUUGCUAUUUUAAAAAGUUGCCAUUGCAUGGCAGGUAGAGGCAUAGGGAGGUGAGCUACCUAGCUUAUAGUAAUAUGGGGGUGUUAUUUUUUUGUUAACUAUUUAAUUUGGCAGCUGGCUGGCAAGUCAUAUUUUGUUUCCUUUUAUUCUAAAUCUUCUAUUCUUCUACCCCCAAAAAUGGCAAAUUUAAAAUUCAUUAUACGCAAACACAACUCUUAAAAAUAAAAGGAAAACCUAAUUAAAAAAUUCAAACUGUGAUACAAUAAAAAUGAUUCCAUCUUCGCUCUGCAAGAGUUCUGUGCAGAAUGAGUCUUUAAAGCGGGAAAAGCCUUCUUUGAUUGAUUUGCUUGUAAGCAGAUGUAGUCAGAGGAGAGACACAAAAAACAAUUCUGAAAAAUGUUGGAAAUUAAAAAAAAAAAAAAAAAAAAAUGUACUUUAUUAAGAAAACUACCAUAAACCAAAAUUGACGAUCCACUCACCUGUUUCUGCCCCAGGGCAAAGCCUUUGCACUCCUUCAGUUCUUAGCAGACAACAGACAUCCAGAGUGCAAAUGCCAUGUCAUGGCCGAUUUAACUGGCUGCACCACACUGCUGGUGCAGAGGGGAUAAACAAGAACCACGUUGCAAGAACAUUGGAAGGGAUUUUAAAAGUAAAGAGAGACAAAUGGAAAAUAUUAAAAUGGGGCGUGAGUGGACAUUUAACAACCCACUCACCUAUUUCUACCCAAGGGCAAAUACUCUGCAUUCCUUGAUUCAUUAGCUGGCAACAAACAUCCAGAAAGCAAAUACAUUGCCAUAGCAAUUAAACGGCUGCGCUGGGGGACAGUAGCAGGUGUUUCCACACCACUGACACUGUCGGGGGAGAAACCGAGAUAAUUUUGUAGAUUAAGUAAAAAUAUGUAUUAACAGCACCACUACAACCAAGAUUUGACAAUAAGUAAUCAAAUGACAAUCUCCAUAAACUGUUUUCAAGGAUGCCUACUAUUUAAAAAAUAGGGCCUCCAACAGCUAUCAGCUGAAAGGUGUGUGGAGUAAUUUUGUAGGACUGUUGCCUGUUCUUGGGUGGCCUGUACGGACUGCCUAGGAUAAAUAAUGGCACUAUCUCCACUGAUAACUGCUGCAGAAGUGCCAUGAUACCCAUGUUCCUUGUCUGGCCUGCUGGUGGUGGCACUACUUACUUGCCUUACUAGUGCUUGGUUUGGGAUGCGGGAGAAAUAGUAACCACUUUGUUUGUGGGAGUUAGAGCACUUGGCUUACAUUUUUUUGUGUUUGGAAAUAUUUUACUACCUAUUCCAUGAAAUUAUUUGAAGGACUUUUAUAAAAGUUGAGUCCAUUCAUAACACUAGAAAAAAAAAAUAAACACUGUUGUUGAGAUUGAGUCAUAAUAUGUAUUAGCAGCCCCACUUCAACCAAACAAGUACAAGAUGUGUCAUCACGCAUGAUAUGCAUCACACAAACAAAUGAGGACUGAUGAUAGCAUUACAUGAUGCAUGUCUGUUCAUGUAAUUAAGUGCUCAUUAGAACAAUUCAAGUAUCCACCUGUUGAAAGAUUCAACCUAAGUAAAUAUCCAGCCAUCAUACCUUCAAUGAUCUUACUAUGGCAGAUGGUGAGACUAGGGGGUUACAGAUGAUGUUUAGUCUGUGUCAAAGCUGAGAGUGGCAUAAGCUAACUUUGGCAGAUUAAAUUUCCAAAACGCUAUUUGCUCUAUUAGCUGCAUUGCCAGUUGUGAGGCUGAAGGCACAGUAUAACAGUAUACUGCUGGUAACAGAAAAAACGUGUUCACUCUGGACAGUGGUUGGGAACAAGAGAGGAGAGCAAGCUAAACAUUGAGCAUGUCAUCCCAGAAGCUCAAAGGAGGUUUGCCAUUUGGGCUACUUUCUUUCCUUGAGGGAGGUUUGAUGGGUCCCACCAAACUAACCAGCAUCUUAGAUCGAUGCUGCUGCUAAAUGCACUCAUUGAAACAGUGCAUCCAUUGCAACUUGACAGUGUUCUGACAAGUGCAGCAAGAUCAUCAAGUAAUUAGCCAACAGGUACUACUUACCAAUUAGAAAUACAUUUUGUUUGAAUGGCAGGUGAACAAGGGGAUAACUUAACUAAUCCCUAAAAGGCCUAACGACUGCCACUCCUCCUUUCUGCCAAAUAGGCUAAUUAUAGUUACAUACAGGGCCGGAUUAACAUAGGGGCUGAUGGAGCUGCAGCUCCAGGCCCAGGCCCAUGAAAUAGGCCCAUAAAAAAAAACCCACUUUUUUUAUAACUUUUUUUUUUUUUACACACUACUCUUAGGUUUGCAACCUGACUGGUAUUUUAUGUAUUUAUUUGAGGCUUGCUGGCCAUGCCUGUAUUGCAGUAAUACAAAUGCAGAUAUUUUUCUCAGUAUAAACGGAGAUUACUCUGCAAUACCAGCACCAGCCAGUAGGGGUCACUGUGUGUGGAGAGAGGCAGGGAUAGGAAGUUACAGCAUAUCCCUCCCUGCCUCUCUCUACUCACUGAUCCACAGGGGAGCAGCUACACAGCACAGAGAGUCCAGACAGCAGCUCCCAGCCUGCAGAGACAGCCUACAGCUCAGGUAAGUGAAGAAUGGGUGGAAAGGCAGCAUGGGGACACUGAGAGACUAGGGGACACAUGAGGACACUGGGAAACAUGGGGACACUGGGAAACAUGGGGAUACUGAGACACUAGACAUGGGGACGCUGACACACAUGGGGACAUGUGGACGCUGAGACACAUGGGAACACUGUGAAACAUAGGGACAUUGGGAGACACAUUGUGACACGGAGACACUAGGGACACAGUGUUUCCAUGUCUCCCAGUGUUCCCGUGUCUCCCAGCCAGUGUCCCUAGUGUCUCAGUGUCCCCUAGUCUCCCAGUGUCUGUGUCCCCAUGCCUCUUAGUUUCUCAGUGUCCCCAUGUAUCUAUGUCUCCCAGCCAGUGUCUCAGUGUUCCCAUGUCUCCCAGUGUCUGUGUUCCCAUGUCUCUCAGUGUACCCAGUGUCCCCAUGUCUCCCAGUGUCCUCAAAUGUCUCAGUGUCUCCAUGUCUAUGUCCACAAGUGCCCCAUGUAUCCCAGUGUCCCAAUUGUCUUUGUCCCCAUGCCUCCCAGCCAGUGUUCCUAGUGUAUGUGUCCCCAUGUCUCCCAGUGUCCCCUAGUCUCCCAGUGUCUGUGUUCCAUGUCUCUCAGUGACCCCAGGUGUCUUGGUGUCGCCAAAUGUCUGUGUUCCAAUGUCUCUCAGUGUACCCAGUGUCCCCAUGUCUCCCAGUGUCCCCAAAUGUCUGUGUCCCCAUGUCUAUGUCCACAAUGCCCCCAUGUAUCCCAGUGUCCCAAGUGUCUUUGUCCCCAUGCCUCCCAGCCAGUGUUCCUAGUGUCUCAGUGUCCCCAUGUCUCCCAGUGUCCCCUAGUCUCCCAGUGUCUGUGUUCCAUGUCUCUCAGUGACCCCAGGUGUCUUAGUGUCGCCAAAUGUCUGUGUCCCCAUGUCUCCCAGUGUCUGUGUCUGUCUCUGUGUCCCUAGUGUCUGUGUCCCCCUUUCUCCCAGUGUCUCCAUGUCUUGAUCCACAAGUGCCCCCAUGUCUCCCAGUGUCCCCAAGUGUCUCAGUGUCACUGGAUCGCUCAGUGUUAACAUGUCUCACUGUGUCCCCAUGUCUCUGUGUCCCCUAGUAUCCUAGUGACACAGGACACACUGAGACAUUGGGACACUGGGGGAAAUGGGGACACUGAGACACUGGGAGACUAGGGGACUGGGCGACAUGGGGACACUGACACUGUGAUACAUAGGGACACUGAUGCCAGGCUGGCCUUCCAAUUAUUUGGACCAACAUGCCCCCUUUUUGUGCAUGUUUGCCCCUUUUGGCUGUUCUGGUCAUGUGAUUCGCAUCAGUGGCCCACCCUUUUACCCCGCCCAUUGACUUCCUGCUUCACUGGACACUGCUGUUAGGGGGUAUGGAUUUACUUGAAAGAUGAAAGCAUAAAUUGGAGAGAGAUUAGCAUAGAGUAUGUGUUUUCUUAUAGCUGCAUCCUUUGAGUUUCCCUCCAACACCAUCUCCAUCAGAUACAUGACUCUUGAGAGGUAUGACUGUUUUAGUGUUUUUGGUUGAUAAGAUUCUGUAAUUAGGCCCCAUCAUAAUUGUCAGCACCAGGCCCACUGGGCUCUUAAUCUGGCCCUGGUUACAUAGUUACAUAGCUGAAAAGAGACUUGCGUCCAUCAAGUUCAGCCUACCUCACAUUUGUUUUUUGCUGUUGAUCCAAAAGAAGGCAAAAAAACCCAGUUUGAAGCACAAUUUUGCAACAAGCUAGGAAAAAAAUUCCUUCUUGACCCCAGAAUGGCAGUCAGGUUUAUCCUUGGAUCAAGCAGUUAUUACCCUACAUUGAAAGAUUAUAUUCUUGAAUAUUCUGUUCUUGCAAGUAUGCAUCUAGUAGCCGUUUGAACAUCUGUAUGGACUCUGAUAAAACCACUUCUUCAGGCAGAGAAUUCCACAUCCUGAUUGUUCUUACAGUAAAAAAACCUUUCCUUUGCCUUAGAUGAAAUCUUCUUUCUUCCAGUCUAAACUCAUGGCCUCGUGUCCUAUGUAAAGUCCGGUUUGUGAAUAGAUUUCCACACAAUGGUUUGCAUUGGCCCCGAAUAUAUUUGUAUAAUGUUAGCAUAUCCCCUCUCAGGCGACGUUUUUCUAAGCUAAAUAGGUUUAAAUUUGUUAACCUUUCUUCAUAGCCGAUAUGUUCCAUUCCUUUUAUUAAUUUUGUAGCCCGCCUCUGCACUUUUUCUAGUGCCAUAAUAUCCUUCUUUAGAACAGGUGCCCAAAAUUGCACAGCAUAUUCAAUAUGGGGUCUUACCAGUGAUUUAUAAAGAGGCAAAAUUAUAUUCUUGUCCCAAGAAUGAAUGCCCUUUUUCAUGCAUGACAAUACCUUACUGGCCUUGGCCACUGCUGGUUGACAUUGCACAUUGUUGCAUUGUUUGUUGUCUAUAACAAUUCCCAAGUCCUUUUCAUGUGUUGUUAUCCCUAAUUCGCUUCCAUUAAGGGUAUACGUUGCUUGUGUAUUCUUUACGCUGAAGUGCAUAACUUUGCAUUUUUCAACAUUAAAUUUCAUCUGCCAUUUGAGUGCCCAGUCCCCCAGUCUAUCUAAAUCCCUCUGCAGCAUAGUAAUAUCUUGCUCACAUUGUAUUGUUUUACAAAGUUUGGUGUCAUCUGCAAACACUGAAACAUGACUUUCAAUGCGGUCUUCAAGAUCAUUUAUAAACAUGUUAAAUAGAAGGGGUCCCAGAACAGACCCCUGAGGGACACCACUUGCCACCUCUGUCCAGCUUGAAAAUUUACCAUUAAUGACAACUCUUUGUACUCUGUUUUUAAGCCAAUGUUCUACCCAAGAACAAGCAUUUUCAUCUAGACCGAUUUCCUUGAGUUUGAACACUAAUCUAUUGUGUGGAACUGUAUCAAAUGCCUUGGCAAAAUCCAAAUAGAUCACAUCCACGGCAACACCCUGAUCUAUACUUCUACUUACUUCUUCGUAGAACGCAAUCAAGUUAGUUUGACAUGACCUGUGCUUCAUAAAACCAUGCUGAUUUUUGCUGAUAACCAUGUUCUUCUCAAGGAAUUCUUGAAUAUUAUCCCUUAAUAACCUUUCAAAUAUUUCACCAGCCACAGAAGUUAAGCUCACAGGUCUAUAAUUUCCAGGCAAGGAUUUUGAACCCUUUUUGAAUAUAGGAACCACAUCUGCCUUCCUCCAAUCCUCCGGAACACUUCCUGAAAGAAAAGAAUUUUGAAAGAUUAAAAACAGAGGUUCACUUAUUUCUGCACUUAGUUCCUUAAGUACACGUGGAUGGAUACCGUCAGGCCCUGGAGCUUUGUUUAUAUUAACUUUCUUUAGUUGCUGCAGCACCUUGUCUUGAGUUAACCAAUUACAAUUAUUCUGCAAGUUUUUAGUAGCAAUCAUUUGCACAUCUAUUGCCAUGGGUUCUUCCUUAAUAUAUACGGAGGAGAAAUAGUUAUUUAAAAUUCCUGCCUUUUCCUGGUCUUCAUUAAUUAACACCCCCGUUUCAGUUUUUAGUGUACCUACACUUUCAUUUUGUUUUUUUUUAGAAUUUAUGUACUUAAAAAAUGCUUUGGGGUUGGUUUUGCUCUCGUCAGCUAUCAUUAUUUCAUUUUGAAGUUUAGCAAGUCUAAUUGCCUUUUUGCACGCAUUAUUUGCAUAUUUUAUAAGAUGCAUCUGAUUUGUCCGAUUUAAAUGCUUUAAAUGCCCUUCUCUUAGUUGUAAUCUCUUGUUUUACUUCUCUACUAAGCCAAAUUGGUUUUAAUUUGUUUCUUUUAUAUUUAUUUCCCAACGGUACAUACUGAGAAAUGUACCUUUGUAAUAUUUGUUGGAAGAUGAUCCAUUUAUCCUCCGUAUUCUUUUCACUAUAUAUGUCAAUAUAUUGUAAAGCUUCCCUUAACUUAUUGAAAUUGGCCUUUUUAAAAUUAUAUGUUUUAGUAUUCCCCAUGUGCUUUUGUUUUUUUGAGUUUAUUUCAAAGGACACUAUAUUGUGAUCACUAUUUCCCAAGUGCUCACCUACUUGAAUGUUGGUCAAAAGAUCAACGUUGUUUGUUAAAACCAGGUCCAGACAAGCAUCCAUUCUAGUUGGUGCUUGCACAAGUUGUGACAUGAAGGUGUCAUUUAACAAGUUUAAAAACCUAAUUCCCUUUGCUGAGGCACUAGUCCCUCUGUCCCAAUUUAUAUCCGGGUAAUUAAAAUCUCCAAUAAUUAAAGUGUUACCCAGAUUUGCAGCUUUCUCAAUUUGCUCAAACAGCUGUUGUUCCUCGUCAAUAUUAACAUUAGGUGGUUUAUAACAUAUCCCAACCAAUAGUUGGUUUCCCUUCUUUCCCCCAAGCAGAUAUUUACCCAUAAAGCUUCCACAUUAUCCUCCUCGCAUUCCAUUUGCUUAACAUUUGGCUUUAAAUCAUGUUUGACAUACAAACAUACCCCACCACCCUUCUUGUUUUUCCUAUCCUUCCUAAAUAACAUGUACCCAUUUAAGUUAGCUGCCCAGUCAUGUGUCUCAUCCCACCAUGUUUCAGUUAUGCCUUUAUAUCAUAUUGUUUAGUGUAUGCUAAUGCUUCUAGUUCCCCCAUUUUGUUAUUUAGGCUCCAUGCAUUAGUAAGCAUACAUUUAAUAUUAUGCGUCACUUGUAUAUUUUGUGAAUUUUCAACAUUACACAGCUUCUCUGUUCUGAGCUUGCCCCUCCCCCCGUUUCCACCCCCCUUAUACUGUGCUAAAGCCCAUCUCCUUUCUGUCCUAUCUCCAUUUUGUAGAUUGCUAUGACCCUCCCCCCCUACUACUAGUUUAAAAUCUCCUCCAACCUUCUAGCCAUCCUAUCCCCCAGCACUGCAGACCCUCUCCCGUUUAGGUGCAAUCCAUCACCACUAUAAAGGUUGUACCCAAUCGCAAAGUCGGCCCAGUGCUCUAAAAACCCAAAACCCUCUUUCCUGCACCAAGACUUAAGCCACGCAUUGACCUCUCUAAUCUCCCGCUGCCUUUCCACUGUAGCGCGUGGCACAGGUAAUAUCUCAGAGAAUACCACCUUGGAGGUCCUUUUCUUAAGUUUGCUACCUAAUUCCCUGAAAUCAUUCUUUAGGACCUUCCAUCUUCCUCUUACUUUGUCAUUGGUACCAACAUGGACCAUGACCGCUGGGUCAUCCCCAGCCCCUCCCAAUCCAUCCACUCUGUCAGCAACAUGCCGGACCCGAGCACCCGGGAGACAGCAAACUGUCCGGUUGAGCCGAUCAGAGCGGCAGAUUGCCCUAUCUGCUCUCCUAAUGAUAGAGUCCCCUACCACCACAACCUGUCUUGCCUUCCUUACAUUUUGAUCCCCACCCGUACUAGGGGGGCUGUUAGCUCGGCUGUUAGAAGUAACAGCUUCCUCUAAUACAGCUACUCCUGAGCUGAUGCUCCCAACAUCUUCCCUCAAACGGGCAAAUCUGCUAGGUUGCACCAAAUCAGGACUAGCUAGCCCUUUCCUCUUCCCUCCCCCCCUGCUUCCUCGCCCCACUGUCACCCAGCUACAUGCCUGUUCCCCAUCUGUCUUAUCUCCUCCCUCUCCACUACCUGUCCCCACUAAACUCUGCUCAGUGAGCAGUAGACUCCUCUCAAGAUUGUCAAUCUCCCUCAAUGUUGCGAUUUGCUUCUCGAGAUCUCCAAUCUGAGCUUCCAGAGAAGCCACUCGCACACAACCAUCACAGAGGUAUGGACCCUGGACGGGUACAUCCAGGCAUCCAUACAUGCAACAAGAUGUGCAUUGAGUUAAACCAGCAAUCUUGCUAACACUCAUAUCCCCUUGAAACAAAAAUAAAAUACAAACCACUCUCCACAGUAUACAAACCACUCCAAGUAACUCCUGGUUUUCUAACUCCUACUUGAAAGAGUCUACUUAAUAGAGGCUGCUUUCAAAUAAUGUGAGCAAGCUCAGUGAGUUAGGGGUGUGUCUUUAUGGGGAUACAAAUCCCACACAGGUGCAAAUAAUGAACACUCCCCCAAUCAAUCAAGCAGCAGCACAAAAAAAGGGGGGAAAACCAGAACACAGGGAAAAAAAAGUAAAUUUAAAAAACUAAAAUUAAUGAUCCCUAUUAUCAUAAGCCGUUUCUGCUGCUCCAGAAUGAGCUGCAGUACUUCCAAAGUGGAGUUCUACAUAUUCUUUAUGUCUUGCUUAAGAUGGAGAUCCUGAAAUCCUGCCUUCCUCUAUUCCUUUUUCAGGAAAUGGCUUAACAUUAUGGUGGAAGUGGCCGGGGAUCUUACUACAAGACACAAGAAGGAUUGCCAGUCUUCCAGUGCUUUCCUCAAUGAGAGCUGCCUUCACUACUAGUUGAAGGGCAUGGGCUGAGCAGUGUAUAAAUAAUUACAUAACUACCUACAAAUAAACUAUCAUGGAGAGCUUUGACUCUCUAUCAGCCACUACUGCUCUGUCAGCCACUACAAAAUCCAUUUGAAUCUUUGUUUCUUCCUGCUGUUCUAGCCCCCAACUUUUUUAGUGCUUGCAAUAUAUUUUCUGAGCAUUUUCUGCUGCUCAUUCAUCACCUCAACAUGGAUGAGAAAGAAACUGUACUCUAGCUUGCCUAACAAUGCAUUGGCCACUGUGUCUGAGCUGCCUGCCUCUGAACUGGUUACAUCUCACCACACCUUAUGGUGGCUGCCACCAAUAUUUGUUAAGGACAGGAAGGCAUGCUGGGCACUAGAAACACUCCAUAAAUUGGUUGUGAAGUGCACUGACUAGCCCUCAGCCUUUCAGCUCCAGAACACAGGAACAUAUAGAAUGAGUGCCCUAAAUUCCUGCUAAAAGUGGUGUGUGAUGGAAACUCUGGAAAUUUAUAGAGGUGCAACAGUUUCCUUAAACAGCAUGAAGGGCUGUCUACUAUACCUUAAAGAGAUCCUCCAACGGCUGUCAGCUGAAAGACGUGUGGAGUAAUUUUGCAGGACCCUGCCAUAGUGUUUGCAUUCCUAGGAGUAGCCAGUCACCGAUUGUAACAAAUUGUUCCCACACUGUGGCAAGACAGGUGCCAUGGGUGGCAAAGAUCCUACAGUUUCUUCUACCUGCCUUGCUUCAGCCUCUAACUUAUUACUCUUUCAGCAUGUGUUUUUUGUUGUGGUCCCUGACCUAACAUGAAGAAGAUUAGUGCCAAAACUAGUUGGGACGGUUGCACUGAUGGAAGUUAGUGGCGUAAAAGUGGUGGCAUUAGCAACUUGGGUAUGAGACCUGGACUUUGGAUACUCAAAGAAGGUGAUCCUAAUGUUCUCAGGGUUCUCAUAUACUCUGUUUUUGUUGCAAUGCAUUUACAUAGAUUCUCCCUAAGUUAAAAGGGCAAUCCAGAAGUGGCUUUGCUGAUGAGACCCAAAAAAGCCUAAGACAAUUGUUCGGAAUUGUUGUAUCUCUUGUGACAUUUUGGAUCUGAAUUUUCCUGAGCAGGAUCAGUCUGACAUGCAAAUGGCAUAGGUUCACUCUCUAAUGGCACAAGUGAGCAAAAGCUGUUUUCAGACCUGAGCGAGCAGGGAUAUAACAAAUGUCAAGAUAUUGAGUUUCUCUAAGCUAUUGCCUGUUCUCAGAGUUAUCAUAUUCUCUGUUUUUGCUGCUAGACUAUGAUUUCCCUGUUAAGGACAGUCCACCACUGAUGUUUUUUUCCAAACAACACGAGUACUGGCCUCUCCAGUUGUGUCUGAGAAGAGUGAUUAAUCUAAUGUCGUAGAGUCUCAUACCCAAGUUGUUAAUGUAACCACCACUCAUAUGCCACUAACUUCCACCAGUGCAACCAUCCCAACUAGUUCCAGCACUAAUCUUCCUCCUGUUAGCCAAUUUUGAACAGGAUAAACCUGUAGCUUAAACCCUAGGAUAUACCUAUUCCUGCUUAACAAUCCUAAUUAAGCUCUUCUAGCUCAAUACUAAAAUAUUAAAUUUUUAAUCUAGCCAUUAUUUGAAUGCAGCACGUUGUAAUUUUGUAGCACAGAUAAAUGCAAAGUAUAAUAAAACACACCACGCAAUUCCAUUUAUUAUUUGAAAGGUGCCAGGGGUACUGUUAGUGCAGUAGUGUGUUGCACCACUAUCCUCUAUAAUAGUGUAUGUUUGCUUUUUGCUCUGUUGGUUUGCAUAACUUCUGAAGAAAUAUUAAAGCUUACAUGUGUAUAUAGAAUGCGGCAGCCAAAGGGUGUUGUAGAUUCUAAUGUUAACAAAUCAAAUGAUUUGUUUGGUAACUUAAUAUAGGUCAUUGUCUAAUUUUCAUUGUGGCUGAAAUAGCUUUCUCCAUACAAACUCGCCCUCAUGUUUGGACAGUUAACAGUCAGACAGGUUACUCUUAUUUUGAUCUCUUUCCAGCUCAUCUCUGCGGAAUCACUCUGGUCCCAACCUCUAAUCUCGUUGCUGGUAUCUGAACUGACCAAAGGGUGUAGAGUAAAAUCACAGCCAUCACAAUAACAGCCAGACCAAGGAGCUUUGCCUGUAAAGAUACAACUCAUUCCCAUUUAUCGUGACCUGACUGGGAGAGUAUCACGGUAUUAUCAUUGCCUGUUGCAAUAAUGUCUGCUGGUUCUGGGGGACCUUUCUCUGCUCUGUCCUCACCCAGACUUUGCCCCCCCUGGAUUUAGGUUAGUAAAUCUUAUUGCUUGUGAGAUUGGGACAGUUCCUUUGUGUACCUGUCCCCGGUAAAUGGGGAUGAUAACUGUGACGAGACCAAUCUCGCCACAUUGCAUUGGAGAAGCCUGGUUGCUCGCCUGCUUCCUUUGGACUAUGGCCCCAUGUUAAAAGACUUUAUUUUCCCCUGCAAAGACAAGAAAGCCGGGUCAUUUGGUGCUUGCCCUGUUUGAGCAGUGAUACCCCAGAUAGCUAUGCCAUGGAGCCCAUUCGUAUAAUGAAAGACUAUGGGAAAGACUUUGGCUCCAUGGCAAUUGAACUGUAUGUGUGUGCUCUGAGCGCCAUUCAGUAAU